AUGUCCAAUAACCCGGCGCAAGAGGUUACACAAGCUCGCAGCGAUGGCAAAGUGCACCUCCUUCUCGCUGCAUCCGGAUCUGUAGCGACCAUCAAGAUCCCCAACAUCAUCAAGGGCCUGUCACGGCAUCCCAACUUGUCCAUCCGGCUCGUGCUCACCAGCUCUGCGGCUCAGUUCCUCCAAGGCCAGGCGGAAGAGCAGCCAAGCCUCGCAGACAUUGGCAACUAUCCCAAUGUCGACGCGAUAUACACGGAUGAGUCUGAAUGGGUGCAGCCGUGGACUCGAGGGGCUCCGAUUCUGCACAUUGAGCUCAGAAAAUGCAAGUCACUCAACAUCGUCGCUCCGCUCAGCGCAAACACUCUCGCCAAGAUGAUCCACGGCAUCAGCGACUCUCUGCUAUCCUCCACCAUCCUAGCCUGGGACACAGAUGGUUUCGUAGACGGGAGGAAGAAGAAGAUUCUCGUCGCCACAGCCAUGAACACGGCCAUGUUUCGAAACCCCAUCACGCAGCGCAACCUGAAGCUGCUCAACGAGCUCAUGGGCGGCGCCGAUGGAUGGGUCGAAGAGCUGCAGACCAUCUCAAAGGGGCUUGCCUGUGGCGAUGUUGGUCAGGGAGCGAUGGCGACGUGGGAGACGAUUGUGGCCGCGAUCGAGGACAAGCUUGGAUUGGCAGCAAAAGAGAGUCGAGAUGAAGAAUAA